AUGCCUGCGCAAGGAGGACUGAAUACAAUGAAUACCAGACAUGGAUGGAUGGUGAUGGUGCUUCUGCCUCUGGCCGGUGUUGCCAAGAUAUUCAAUUGGCAUUCGACGAUAGUUCUCGUGGUGAACAUCAGCGCCAUUAUAUCCUUAUCUGAGAUGAUCUCGAUCUCGUCCGAAGAACUCGCCGCACAUCUCGGAGAGCUACAAGGCGCCUUGCUCAGUGCCACCUUCGGAAACACCGUAGAGCUUACGGCGGGAGUUCUGGCUCUAGUCCAUGGCGAGAUAUCAUUUGCGCAGUCUGUCAUGGUCGGCAGUAUCCUAUCGGAUAUUCUGCUUGUAUUCGGCUGCUGCCUCGUCACCGCUUCGUACAAUAGGGAUAUUCUGGAAUUCAAUACUGCGCUGGCAAAAACGUUGUCCUCCUUGAUGAUGAUUACAUCCGUGACCAUGCUUCUACCAACCGCUCUGUACUCAACUUUCCCAGUCUCCGAGAUCGACGACAAAGUGCUGGUAUUCUCGCGAGGGACUUCACUAGUCCUUCUCCUCCUCUAUGGAGGCUACCUCUACUUCUACCUCGGGACACACAAGCAUCUCUUCAUUUCAACCGACGUCGAAUCUAGUAGCGAGGAAGACGACGAACAAUCAUCAUCGCCGACCAGAAUCGCUUCAUCAAUCAUCCGAUUAGUCCUAGCCGUUGCCGCCACAGUGUUCUGCACAGAACUCUUGGUUGAGAGUAUCGGAGAUAUGACGCAUGCCCUUGGAGUUUCCGAUGUCUUCAUUGCUAUUAUCUUUAUUCCGAUCGCUAGCAACAGCACUGAGGGGGUGCACGUCAUUGCCGCAUCGCGCACCGGUGACACCGACUCUGCAAUUCGAGUUAUCAUCGAUAGUCUGUUGCAAAUUGGACUGUUUGUCAUACCGUUCUUGGUGAUUAUCGGCUGGUGUAUUGCACAACCGAUGACAUUGUUCUUCGACUCUUUCCAAACCGUGACUAUGUUCUUGGCAAUCCUGGUUGUGAAUCAUCUGCUACGUGAUGGGCAAUACGCUUACAUCCAUGGUGCGAUGCUGCUUUCUCUGUACUUGAGUCUAAUUGCGGCGUUUUAUACGCGGUAG